AUGAUGUGGAAUGAGGUGGUGAUGUUCUUGCUCGAAUUCUUAGCAGCAUUGUGUGCGGUAGCAGUGUGCGGUCCGUGCCUACUGGCCUGUGCCAGGCGGUUGAUAAUAGGAGACGAGCUGUUGCAGAGAGGAGGGCAAGGGAUCCACGAAGCUGACAUACUCGGUUGUGAUGAGCCCGCUUGCCCCUACUACAAAAAGAAUGUAAAGUAUCUCAUGGUACCAGCCAGAAGACGACAGUACGGCUCACCGACUCGACAAUGUUCAUAG